AUGUUUCCACUGACCAGAUUACAAGUGACCUCGCGUGCUGUCCUCAAGUUGCUUCACCUUGUCCUGGUGGUCUUCUCUUUGAGUCCCAGUCGAUUGCCACGUCCGAUUCUGUGGAUUCGUCUUAUUGGUUGGGUAGCCUGGUACGUUUUCAUCUGGAUGCGGAGUGUGCAUGUGGCUAAGACGACGGACUGCGAUCUGGACUGCAUGCUGCGACAUAUGCUGACGGUGUGCGAGACGGCAUCGCACGCUUUCCUGGUGGCCAGCACAUUCAUCCAGGGUUUUCGCAACAGUCAGGAGGAGCAGCCGGGUGAAGUGACCAUAUUCCAGGCCUCAGAUCCGUGGGUUGCCUUCACGGUCCUGGCGAUGCUAGCGCCUAUGUUUGGAGUUCAGUAUAUGGUGUGCUCCAAUAUUCCUGACUCUGAACGUCGCGUCUGGCUUUAUCACCUGAAAACUCUGCCCAGCUUCUUGGCUCUGCAGCUGCAGAUUGUGUCCUUUAUCUCAGAGGUAAUGGAGGUGAACAUCCGAGUUCGUUUGGCCAAGCUUCAACUGGUAAUCCUGGCCAGGGAACUGUCCAGCCGUUGGCCUCAGUGCAAAUAUCAACCAGAUUUCUUGGAUCGGCAGAGCUAUCGAAUCGAAGCCCUGAAGCGUCGCUAUAACGAACUCCACCAUCUGUACGAUCGGAUUAACGACUGCUUUGGUGUUAGCCUGCUCAUCAUCAUUAUUGUUUUUUUCGCUGACUUUGUGUGCAAUUCCUACUGGCUCUUCGUAGAUGUUCGAACCACUUCGAAGAGUCGAGUUAAUGCCAUUCUGGUCAAAAUGGGGUUUAUUUUCAAUGUGGCCCUGCAGAUGUCGUCAGCUUGCUGGCACAGUCAGCAAAGCUACAAUCUUGGUCGCCAGAUCGGUUGUCUUAUUUCCAAGUUGGUGAAACCUCAGGGCAGCAAGCGAUACAAUGAGCUGGUGAGCGAGUUUUCCCUGCAGACUCUGCAUCAACGCUUUGUGGUCACCGCCAAGGAUUUCUUCAGCCUCAAUUUGCAUCUUCUCAGCAGCAUGUUUGCAGCUGUAGUCACUUAUCUGGUCAUCCUUAUACAGUUUAUGUUUGCUGAGAGGAGCGCAGGUGGUCAUUCGGGUUAA